AUGAGGAAUGAACCAAACGAGUCAGUGACGGACACGCCCGUGCUGGAAGAGACAUUGCGUCCUGACUCGACUGAGGGUACUGCCGACACAAAUAAUCGUGGCAAUUUUACACGUAAUUUGAACAAAGAAGCCGAUGAAUCCGUGGCCAAGAAGAUGUUUCUAGGCGGACUAGUGUUCUUGCCAUGGCUACAUCUCGUCACUGUUGUUUUCUACCAUAAACAGUUUUUAGAUUCGUCUAUUGACGCAUCUGUCACACGUUGGGUGCGACGUUCGUUCUUGGGGUUUCUCUUUUGGACGGUAUUGUUCAUGUCAUGGGUUUUAAUAUUCCAACUGAAGUGGAAAGAAUUUGGCUGGCAGAGUCUUGUUAUGGUGGUGCCAAAAGAAGAUGAGAAUCCAGGCUGGUGA